UUUCCAUUAAGGUAAGUAAUUCUUAUAUUUUGCCGUGUUUGUUUAAUGGGUAUUGUUUUAUAAAAUAGAGCGCCUUUUUCAUCUGAUUUAUUUUGUGUUUUGUUGCAGAUUCCUAUCAAAGGGCUUACGGGUGAUAUACUUCUGAAAACGGGUAGAAGGCUGGAUUUUAAGCUGGACAUUCUGCAACUGACCCCAAAGGGCAUGAUCAAAGGCGGAGAGUGGAAGGUCUCCUCAGGGAUCAACGUCACUCACCGAGAGAUUCAUGGCAACGGCAACCCCUUCGGUAACAAGACGCUGGUCGUCACCACGCUUAAGCGGAUCGUCACUAUCACAACCCUGAUGGAGCCGCCGUUCGUGAUGGACAAAGAGCAACCCUCAGACGAUGAACCUUACGAAGGCUUCUGCAUCGACUUCGCCGCAGAGCUGUCCAAAAUCGUGGGCUUCAAGUACAAGAUCGAGCUGGUGCCGGACAACAACUACGGCACGAAGAACGCAGACGGCGAGUGGGACGGUAUUGUUAGAGAGCUUAUCGACAGGAAUUCGACUAUCGAGACGUAUAGUCGAAUGUACGCUUACAUGAAGGAUCGCCCGCACGUUCUCUCAGAGACCUACGCACAAGGUAUCGAGCGUGUGAAGCAAGGCAACUACGCAUUCUUCAUGGAGAAUCUCAUGAUCGACUACCAAGUGCAGAGGGAUUGCGAUCUCAUGCAGGUCGGAGGUCAACUCGAUUCCAAAGGUUAUGGCAUCGGUCUGCCUAUGAAUUCUCCGUACAGAGACAAGCUGUCAAUGGCUAUCCUCGAACUGCAAGAGGGCGGAACAAUCCAAAAGUUGUAUAAUAAGUGGUGGAAAGACACGGGUACUUGUGUGAGAGAAGACAAGAAAGAUUCUAAAGCGAAUGCCUUGGGUGUACAAAACGUUGGUGGCAUAUUCGUGGUUCUGCUGCUGGGCUUGGCACUCGCUGUGAUAGUGGCCAUCAGUGAAUUCAUCUGGAAGUCGAGACAGAAUGCACAAGAGGACAGACAAUCUUUGUGCUCGGAGAUGGCCCAGGAGCUCCGGUUCGCUGUACGCUGUGGCGGCUCUUCUAAGAGGCCAAAGGUUAAGCCUCAUGUCAGUGACAAAAGGCAGAGUCAGCCACCAGCCGGCCAUACGCAUGUCCAGCCCAUCACUCCCUCUGGCCAGGACAUCGGACCGGACUCCCCUAACGGCCUGCUACAGCUCCGACAGACCCGCAAAUCUCCUUCCCCUGUGCCUUCCUCCACACGCUCGACUGGCGGCUCUCGCUAUGAGACAGAGUUCCGAUCCGACUUCCGAACAGAAUACAACAACAAGCGGGAGUUUAACGGGGACUACCAGCACGUGGACUGCAGUGACGGUGAGGUUUGACGGUCCAUCUGCAAGAAGUAGUCCAGCCAAUCACAGAGCAGCGAAUGUAUCGUAAUAAUUGUGCGCGUCCUAUUGGAAGCAAUCGAGGUGCAGCAAAUAUUUAUAUCCUGUCAGUUUGGGGUUUCCUCUUGACGUUUAGAAUUUCUGUUGUCUUUACAGAGCACAUGAACUUCCGACGUGGACAGUUUUGUGAUUGAAGAGAUCACUCUGUAGAAGCAGUCGAUAAGGUUGUCUCUUGUAAGGAAAACUGUCAAGCGUCAGACAAUGUUAAAAGUGUCUUGAAAACAAACACUUAGCUUUUUGAACAACUGCUACUAGAGCGUUAUUCAAUAUGUUUGUUUUUCAAUAUUAAAGUAUAACUUCUAAUUGGA